AUGUCUACUUUUUGCGGAAAAUUAGAAGAAAAGGAAUUAGGAUUCAUUGGCAUUGAUUCUUUUGAAUCACAUCUGCUGAGUUGUUCUACUUUUAUGUUGUCCCAUUUUCAUAAAGACCACAUGCGUGGUAUUCAAGAUCAAUCUUUUCAAGCGGCAUUCAAUAAUAUUAAGAACAACAUGAUCCUAUAUGCAUCGCCAUUGACAAUAACUUAUUUAAAGCGAAAUAAAUCCAUUAAUCUCAGAGAAGAUAAGCUUAUACCUCUUGAAAUUGGUUUCCCUAAUUUAUUAAAAGUGGAUUCAGAACAUUUUGAAUACAUUUGUGUGACCCUAUUACCAGCUGGACAUUGUCCAGGAUCAGUCAUGUUUUUGAUCGAAGCCCGUCCACAUCGUAUUUUAUAUACUGGAGAUUUCCGAGUACAAUUACAAGAUAUCAAACAAUUUAAACCACUAUUGAUGGAUAAUGACGGUAACUGUGGUCCAAAAAAUAUAUCUGCAUUGUAUUUAGAUACUACUUUUGCAUCCAAAAAAUAUUAUGAAUUUCCAAUGAGAAAGGAAAGUAGUGCCAACUUGAUAAAAGUAGUUGGAGAGUGGUUAGACCAAGACCCUGAUAAUAAAAUUUGCUUGUGGAUGCCUGGAUAUGUGGGCAUAGAAUAUGCCAUAGUCGAAGUUGCCAAACAUUUUAAAUGCUCUAUUCAUGUGCAUAAACAAAAAUAUGACGAAUUGUACAGUUCAAUUGCAGAUUUAGACAACUAUGUAACACCAAUUCUCACUAAUAAUAGAAUACACGCAUGUUCAAAAACUGAAUGUGACACUGAUAGCAUUAACUGCAUGGAAUUAAAUAAAAAUGUAAAAUGUGUACAACUUAAUGCCCUAGCAUUUACUAAGGAUGUGAUAGACAUAAGUGGUCAUGUAAUUGUUAAAAAUAACAUAACCAGAGUUUGUUAUUCAAGCCACUCCAGUUGUAAGGAAUUGAGAGAAAUUGUGAGAUUCUUAAAUCCUGAAAAAUUAUAUUUUAAUGUUAUUGUUAAUCAAACAGUUAAAGAGAUAUAUGAUAUUUUAACCGAAAACAAUUGGACUCCUAGGACGCAAAAGAAAGAUGUCAAAGAAAAUACAAAAGUGAUUUUAAAACUCUCCAACAAAUAUCAAUACAAUCAAAAUGUACAAAAUAAAACAGAAAAAGUAUUCAACAAAAGACCAAGAAUUGAAUCUCCUGAAAGAGAAUGA